AUGUUCGCAUUUGGAGCAUUCCGGCCUUCGUCAAUAUUAUCAGGUGGAUUACUAUGGAAGACACCAUGGAGAUUAUCACCUACUCGAAAAGCCAAUCAACGUAAGAGGUUAAAGCAAGUCGAUUCUGUCAUUUCAGCAGUAGCUGAAUCUGGUAUAACGACAAAAAGUUUAGAAAGAGCUCUGGCUUUACCUAUGGAAGGUGAGAUGAAAGCUAGAGAUAAAUAUACUACUUUCUCAAAACACCAUAAGGGAUAUAGGAAAUCACAACAUAAAGUACCCAAAUGGACAAGAUUAACACUACGUGAAAAUCCAAAAGGUUUCUAA